CAGCCCAGAAUUCCGUGGGUCGGACAGUCUAUUUGUAAUUUUGGCCCAAGCCCAACAAACCAAAUUUCUGCUAAACCAGUCGAGGUUGAUGACAAAUUGUCAGACAUUUCCACUCUCUCUCUCUCUCACCGAUGGCAACUGCUGCACUGAGAAAAACCCUAAAAUCAAUUAACCCAGCCAUCUCACUCAGAGCCCUAACCACCCCAACCCGACAAUUCACCGCCGUUGCCGCCACCGAAAAGCAACCCGAACCCGACGCCCCUUCUUCGUCCUUCACAUUUUCGUCCGACGACCAAGACUCCCACAAGGAGAAGGAGACCAAGAAAGAUGAUAGCAUACACCUUAAGGCGGCGAGAAAGGCGGCGUCUCAGUCGUCGGUGACCAUGCCCAUGUCGUUCAUGACGGGAUCGAUCGUGGGCAAGAGGUUUUACAAGCAGGUGACGACUAGAGAGGCCGAAGAUGGGAAUGGGUGGAGUGUAAUGCUUGAUUAUAGAACACUGAAGACGCCGUCGAAGAGGCCGCUUAAGUGCCCUAGUCUUGCUCUAGCUAAGGGUAUUGCUGCCGAAUGGGAAUACCAGCAAACAGAUGGAAUCAGACCCUUUACCAUGCCUUUGAUGAAGCUUGCGUGCACGGCAUUGGAAAGAGUUCCAAUCACUCGGCCAAAGAUAAUUGAAUAUCUGCUGAAGAAGUUCCAUCAAGAUUUAGUUUUCUGUCGUGCUCCUGGAGAUAGUGACCUGACAAAGUGUGUCCUUGAAAGGCAAGUGGAGAAAUUCGCUCCUUUGCUGAAGUGGGUGGAGUCAGAAUUUGGCUUUAAGCCUGUUGUGUACUCCAGCUUCUUUGGUGGCAAGCAGGAGGAUGGUCUUGUAAAGGCUAUUGAGAACCUUCUCAAAAAGACGGAUGACUGUGAAUUGGCUGCAAUCGAUGCACUUGCUGCAGCAUCACACUCUCUAGUUAUUUCUAUUGGAAUCUUCCAGGGCAAGUUGCAGAUUGAGGAGGCCAUUGAGUUGAUUAGACUUGAAGAAGAUUUUCAGGUCGACCGGUGGGGUCUUGUUGAAGGUGGUCAUGAUGUUGAUGUUGCUGAUCUCAGAGUACAAAUCUCAUCAGCUGCUGUAUUCCUCGGACUUUCAAGGAGAUCUUAGGAAUCUGUAUAUUUUUCAAUAUUGUCCCAAGUAAUAACCUGAGAGCUAGUUUUUCUCCCUUGGGUUUUGUUUGGUUGUUGUGGUUUUAGAGCUUUUUUCGCAUGUGGUGCCGGCAACCCAGGCUAUGCAGAUGAGGUUAAUUGUAUUGUUAGCUUUGGAUGUGGAUGUGCUAGGUACCCUUUUUUAACCUAAUAAUAAAGGGAAUUUAGAGAGCCUGGUCA